AUGACGCGACCAAAGAUCCAUGUCCCACCCUUGGACAGUCCAUCCAAACAACUCGUCCUCGAACUAGCCCGCGAGUUCGAGAACGUGAGACUUUUCAACGAAGACCUGAAGAAGGUCAAAGAAUACGAAUUAAACUCCUAUUAUGAAAAUCUGGACCGAGUCGACCGCGAACGCGAAGCCGUCCACACAGCCGCCCUCGAUGAAGCCGCCGCCUACCACGAACAAGUCCGCCAGGAAGCCGAAGAGACCUUACAAGAGUAUGUCCGCGCCGAAGAACAAGAGCGCCGACGAAAGGAAGAAGCAACACGCAAGGAACAAGAGCGCAUUGAGCGUGAAAGGGCCGAGAAACUUCGUCGAGAGCAAGAAGAAGCCGCCCGGGCUGAAGCUCAACGACAAGCCAAAUUAGCCGCUGAGAAAAAGGCCGCGGAAGAGGCCGAGAAAGCUCGCAAAGCUGCAGCCGAAGAGAAAGCACUGAAAGAACGCCAAGAGCGCGACCGGAUAGAAGCUGCUAAGCGCAAGGAAGCUGAAGAUGCCCAGAAAGCCAAGGAAGAGGCUGAGCGUGAGGCGCAAGCUCAGCAACAAGCUCAACAGCAGAAGAAACUCGGUGGUAGCACACUCACCCCCGAAGAGGUUAAGGUGCAUGAGCGAUAUAUUCAGUUGCAUCAAGAUCUGAAGAAGUUCCGCAAGUGGCUGCUCGAUGACUAUGGCAAGCAGAAUCCCGCGUUCAAGAAGAGUGCUGGUUUAAUGCGUCGUAACAUUACCAAGUGUGUUGGUCAACUUCGUGAUGGAAAGGGUACGAACAAGAAACAGACCCAGGACAUUCGCAUCGAGCUUGAACAAGCUCUCACCGUCCCAGAACCCACAGUCGACGUACGACAAUUCCUCGCAUUCCCUCCCGAAAAUAUCGCCCAGACAGAACAACCAGUCCCCGCCCUCCUAAUCUACGGCCUCCACAUCCUCUCCAAAAAGCUCAUCUCCGGCCUCAUCAACGAAGCAUCCCUCCACCCCGCCCACGCCGAACCAAUCGGCAUCAUCGCCGCCCAGAUCUUUUCAAUGCAAAACUUCAUGUACAACGGGAUCCACAUGUCCGACAUCCUCUGGGCAAAGAUCCGCUUCAUCUGCCCAGCCCUGUGGGGCUUCAACGGCAACCCCAAUACCGAAGCUGGCCGAGACGCGCUUGGCUGGCGAAGAGAAUUAGGCAAACACAUCGGCGAACAGCAACAUCUAGACCGAAUGACUGCCGUAGGCGGUGGAUUUGCUGCUAUCACACUGCGCAACUUUGGCAAAGCGCAGCGUCAGAAUCCGUUCCCGAAUACCAUCUUUUGGUCCUCUAUCCGGAAACUCCUCUCCAUCCCUCCGGCCGAGAUCACAGAUACCCAUGUCAUGCUUAUCAAGUCGAUGCUGUACAACUCGGGCGAUCGCAUUAUCGGUUUCUGGGGCCAGUUCGGUGUAUACAUUCUUCACCGGGCUAUUAUCGAUUUACCCAGUGCUCUGCCCGAUUCGAUGUCGGUGACGCAGCUAAAGAUUUUACGCGAUAUUUACCGGGACGAGCGGCAUAUUAUCUUUUAA